GAAAAUAGUUAUGACAAUGUUUUAAAGUAAAUGGUUGUACCUAGUGCAUUACUAACUCAUUUUUAAUACAGUGUUAUAUAGUUCUUUAUUUACGCAUUAAGAAAUUUUUAUUAAAGCUCACUAAAUUAAAUUCGAAAUAUUUUAUAUUUCUUCAUAGAAUAAUAUUUUAGUAUCAAAGAUCUUUUUUGUAAAUAUUAUUCGGUAAUAUAAAUAAUUCUAUUUGGUUACUACUUCUUUGAGAAAAUACCAAAAAUAAUUUCAAAUGAAAGGAGUGAGUUUCAUUAACUUACAUUGUUAAUAAUAACAUAAAUUAACAAAUAAUUAUAUACUUAAUAUUUGAGAAAUUCAUUAUGGCUUCUUCUAUUCAUAAUAGCUUUAAAAUUGAUACUAAAAAGCAUUCUUUUUACGAUAAGGAUGAAAAACCUUACUGUGAAAUAGUGAAUGAAAAUGACUCUUAUGAGAAAGUAUCAUUCUAUACAACAUUUAUGGCAGCUAUAGGAUUUUACUUUUUAUUAAUUAUUGGAUUUGUCAAUUAUUUAAUUUUUAAACCUAAAGGAGCUACUGAACAGAAUCGAGAAGGUUAUCCUCCUUUAUACAAAACAUUUGACAGUAUUUUUUUGAACUAUGUAUAUCGUCGUGUACAAGAUUGUUUUAAUAGAGUAGUAUGUGGUGUUCCUGGUACAGAAAUUGAAAUUCAGGAUAGAAUAACCUAUGAUAAAAACUGGUCUUUUGAGCUUUUGGAUACAAAAUCUACAUUUUUAAAUUUAGGCUCAUACAAUUAUUUAGGUUUUGCCGAAUGUUAUGGCCCGUGCAUAGACGAUACAGUUUUAGCUAUAAAACAAUAUGGUUGGACUAUUGGUAGCUCUCGCCAAGAACUUGGUACAAACCUUUUACAUCUUGAACUAGAAAAGCUUACUGCUGAAUUCUUAGGAGUUGAUGAUGCUUUAGUGUUUGGAAUGGGAUUUGCUACAAAUGCUCUUAAUUUACCUGCAAUUAUGACAUCACAAUGUUUAGUGCUUAGUGAUGAAUAUAACCAUGCAUCAGUUAUACUAGGAAUUCGAUUAUCAGACGCAGUUUAUAUGGUUUAUAAGCAUAAUGAUAUGGAAGAUUUAGAAGAAAUUAUUAAAAAAAAUAUUAUUGCUGGUAAUCCAAAAACAAAAAAACCGUGGGAAAAAAUAUUUAUUGUUACUGAAGGUAUUUUUAGUAUGGAAGGUUCUAUAGUAAAACUUCCUGAAAUUAUUGCUAUAAAAAAAAAAUAUAAAGUAUAUUUAUAUGUCGAUGAAGCUCAUAGCAUAGGUGCUUUAGGUCCAAAUGGUGGCGGUGUUAUUGAUUAUUUCAACUGUUGUUCAAAAGAUGUAGACAUUUUUAUGGGAACAUUUACUAAGUCGUUUGGUUCAGCCGGAGGAUACAUUGCUGGAAAUAAAUAUUUUUUAUCUCAGGCUUUAAUUAGUUAUUUAAGAGAAAAUAGUUAUGCUUCUUGCUAUGGUAUGUCAAUGCCUCCCCCAAUAGCCCAAAUGAUAAUAUCUUCUAUGUCAAUAAUUAUGGGUAAAAAACAUGGCAAUGAAGGACACAGACGAAUCAAGCAAUUAGCAAGCAAUGUUCAAUACUUUAGAAAAAAGUUAAAAGCAAUGGGUUGUAUUGUUUAUGGUAAUGAUGACUCUCCUGUUAUACCUAUGUUAGUGUAUAUGAUUUCAAAAGUUGGAGCUACUGUUCGUGAAUUUGAUAAAUAUAAUAUUGCUACUGUUGGAGUAGGAUUUCCUGCUACUCCUAUGCUGCAGAGUAGAAUUCGAUUUUGUAUGUCUGCUGGAUUGACUAAAGAACAACUUGAUGAAGUUCUUAAAGCUACUAAAAAAGUUGUUGAUAAAAUUGGCUUACGAUACUCCAGGAAACAAAUAAAAAAUUCAUAUAUUACAUAUGAAUAUGAAUAAUGUAUAGAAUUAUAUAAUUUUGUACUUUAUUAAAAAAAAUAUUUAUUAAUUAUAGUUAAUAGUAUUUUAAUAGAUCAAACAAAAAUAUUAUGUAUAGUAAAUUUAAUCUAAUAAUAACAUUAAAAUAUUUUUUCCAUACAGAGUGAUUGUUUAACUAUAACUCAUGCAAUACCUUAAAAAAUAUAAGGUAUAAUAUUAAAUUUUAAUUUGGAAGUUAAAUUCUGCUUUAUAAUUUUCAAAAAAUAAUUGUUUCCAUAUUUCUAUUUGUCUCUUAAAAUACUAUUAAUUUUAGUUUUUUAAAUUGAAACAUUUGUUUAAUCAAGUUACACAAACUAAAAAAUGAUCAAUCAAUGGAAUUUUAAAUCAGUAUUUUGGAAGUUAGCCUUAAUAGGGGAGGUGAAGCUUGGAUAUGUAAACUUUUACUUUUAAAUAUUAAUUAACUGCACUACUCAUCCAGCCUUUUUAUAACAAUGCUAAAUUAUUUUAUAAAUCCUAACCAUAGGUUAUUAUCAGCUAACCAUUUUCUUAGAUAAUAUUUUCUAGUUUAUAAGUUAUAUAUAUAUACAGGGUGAUUUUUUUUCAUAACCCACUCAAUUACUUACAGAAUAAUAAUAAUUAAAAAAAAAAUUUUAUUACUAUCUUUAGUUACACAUUAUUCUUGAAUUAUUAACUAUCUAUUACUUUUUAAGUUC